AUGACGACAAGCUCUACGCACGUGCCCCGGACGCUGUGGUAUGCUGCCAAGACGGGCGACCUUGCGCUUCUCCGUACGCUUGUCGAGGUCGAGAACGAGCCGUUCUUCGCCGAGGACGCCGAGUUCAAGACACCGUUUUACUAUGGCUGCUCGUGCGACCACCCGCACGUGCUCAAGUAUCUCCAUGAGCUCUACGUUGCGCACGGCACGGCGCUCUCCAAGGACCAGCUCCAAUGGUGCGACGUGAGCUGCCUGACGCCCGAUGUGCGCGCGUUCCUGCAAGGCAAGAAGACAAUCGACCAAGUCAUUGCGGACCGCGACCUCGAAGCGCGCUGGGCGACCAUGAGUAUCUGGGACGCUGCCGCGGAAGGGCAUAUGAAGAAGCUCCGAGAGGCUGCGUCCGCCGAUCCGGCAAUCGUGGCAAGCGAAAAUGCCAGUGGGCAGAGCCCGUUGCAGGUCGCCGUCAUGACCAACCAAGUCGCGGCUGCGGGGCCGAUGCGUUCGAUGCGUUGA